AUGCCCAAAAAGAAGCCGGUUGUGGCUCCCAAGUCUAAUCUCCCUCCUACUCUAAAGGUGCCAUGCGUUCUUCAGGUCAAUGGUAACCCUUUUGGCGGCAAAAGCCUCGGCAUCACCACAAGUAUAGCCACCUCGCUGCUAGCAAUGAGAUCUCCAGACAAAGAAUCAUUUCUUGGCUUUGUCAUCGAAUUCCCGUUACCCACUGAUAGCAUUGGUUUCGGACAGUCUCAUCACAUUGAUUUUUCUACUCGAAAGGCCAGUCCAGGCAACACUUGGAAACUCACCGUGAAGUUCCCCCGUGAUGAUAUUAAUAUCAACUACCGGGUUGCAAGUGAAGAAGAAACCGCCAGAUACCCCACCGGUCACCCGGCUGAAGAUUGGCUGCGGUAUACUGCCUCGGCAACCGUUAUUGGCGGCCUUUCCCUUCUUGAUAUCAUCCAACAGCGACACUUUUCGUUCCUCGCUGCUCAACCUGAAAGGACCAUGAUGGCGAGGUGGAGUAUCGCAAGCUUAGCACCCAACUUCGACUACGGCUAUGGUAUAGACCAAUCAUGGAACAUGGACAGGUACAUGAAGCAGCUUCAUGAUGUCAAAGGCCACCGCUUCCAGACUGCUUGGAGUUUUGCAACCGACGCCUCCCAUGUGACUUCUCUGACACAGAGCAUAGUCCAAGAUUUCAUGUGGAUCCAGAAAUUCUGCCUCAAUAAGACUACCGAAAUGGGCUCCGCGUACUUCGUCAAGCAUCCAGCGAGCCGGACGUCGGGAAGAUGGUUGGUCAUAGUCAAGAUGGAUCGGGGGUUUUGGAAGCACACGGAAUGGUCUCAAGCAUGUAUCCAUGGUACCAUGAAGCUGGUAGUUCAUCCGGGGCCAGAUGAGCUCCCUGAAUCAUGGACGGACGACCUUUCGGAACGCUAUUCAGCCCGAAUCUGCCACGAUCCCGAUGAAGUCAGAUUGCUCAACCGACAUCCACUCACUGAGAACGACUUUGUUAUCAGGGUCAUCGAGCCGCUUCAUACUCAACUGGGUAUCAAGGAGUUUGAAAGCCGUGAGGAAGCCGACAAUCGCGUUUCAUUCGAAUGGGACCUCAAACUUCAUAACGCAAAGCGGCAAGUCGACGCUAUUUGCGACCUUUUACCAUCGGCCAGUCCGAAUCGCCUCUUCUGUGAUCAGGGGCGUCAUGUCUCAGAGAUUGGCGCCAGCAACGAGGCGCUGAUGAUGAGCCUUCACAGAGAUCUCCUCCGAGGCGAUGGUUUCUGGAAGACGAUGAUGUCCGCAACCUCAGCCGUGGACCAGAUGGCAAGCCGCCUGGAUGAUCUGGAUGUUGGCGGCCAACGCCAACAAUUGGCUUUGUCUAUACUCCCGUCUGUCAACUUCCUCAAAGAAUAUGGCAGAAGCGGCUGGGCUGAUGCCCUACUGUCAGAGGUUUCUGAGGCCAACCAAUGUCUGCUUCGGUACUACCUCAGCAACCGCCCUCUAGGCUUUGGUAUUAUCACAACUGGUGCCAACAGCGCCGAUACCCCCGUUUCCCCCGUGGCGGUCCUGGCGUUGCAUGCAACCGUGGGUACCGUCAUGGCAAGCGGUCCGACCCCUGCUGCCGUCGACAAGUUCGUUUCGGACCUCCAUACCGUCUCUCGCAGCGUCGCAUGCAAUUACAAUAUCGGAAGAAGUCAGCAAGCCAGCACCCGAGGUGCUUUGAUCAUCCGUGGCUUUCAACUUCAGGUUGAAUGCGAUGCCUUCAAGCAUUUACUUCAAUUCCCCCACCUCGGCGAUGAAGCGGCCGGUAAUGACGAAUGGGGCAUCAAGUUGGAUUGGCAGCUCCAUCUCUCGGCCACGUUUUGGCUUCUUGUCUGCCUUGGCUCCGAAUGCCUGCCGCCCCUACAGAAGGAAGACAGCAACAUUUUGCACGAGUUCCAGACCUUACUUAUAGGGUCAGACAACCCUGUUCGUCUCCGUGAACGGGUUGCUGACAAGAUCUCGUGGGAAGAGUACGUGACUGGUGAAACUGUUGGAGACGCUGAGAUCAUGCGACUGAUGAAGAUGCUCAUUGAGGUCGCCGACAUUGUCUGUACAACCCCGUCCCUUGCCCAUACCGAAGAUCAUCUCAAGAAGUGGAAGGUAAAGCGGGCUAGGGGCAUAGCCAUUGAAGAAGCUGGCGGUAUGAGCCGUGGCGAUCUGUAUUCGAUUUGGGGUAACACACUCUUGCCCUGCUUUCUUGCCGGUAAUGAAGAGUUUGUUCCGCUUGAGGUGAAGAGCUACCAUGAUAUGGAUAGCUAUCGCAACUUUCGGAACAGGUUUGGAGAUGACGCUCGGAAGUCUGCACUCGAGUUUCUCACUGCGACUGGAUGGCCUGUAUAUCGCGUUCGUGCUUAG